AAAAGCAUUAGGAAAAAACGCUGUUCUUCUUCGUGGUGAAAUUAUUUCGAUUUCGGGAGCAGUCACUCUGGGAGGCCCCCGUCUAUUACUGUAACGCCCCUGCUGCUCUCCGAGAGCCAAGACUCUGUGGGCGUGGUCUGUGCUGUCACGUGGUUCGGGCCUUUGUUGAUGUGAAUCAGUGUAGAAGAGGAAAAAAAAAAUCCUCCAGGUUUUGACCGACAUCCUGUGUCCUUCCUCCCCGGCUCAGAGACGCUGCUAUACGGCCCGGGCUGUUCCUGAAGCCUCCAGAAAACACACACUUUCAUCGGGAUCUUUUUUCCUCCUUCUCCGCUGUUCGUUCUCUCUGCCCGGGGAUCGUAAGAGCGAGGCAGCGGCCGGGGGAUGGAGGUUGAGGCCGGGUUUCGGCUGUAGAGGGGGUCGCUCUCUGUUGUGUGUCUGUGUUUAAGAGUGUGUUUCAAUGUGUGUGUGAGAUCGGCUUUGUUUUUAUCCCCUCGGGUUUUUUCGUUUUCUUCGGGGACACAUGGACUCAAUCCGGACAUAAAGUUUACAUUUUUCUUUCUUCUUUUUUUUUUUGGAAACACAUUUCCCUCAGAAACACAGGCAAUCAUUUUCCUUCUCCUUCCCCUCCUCCUCCUCCUCUUCCUCCAUCAUGGCUCCUCCAGCAGCAGCAGGAGGCCGCUGCUCCUCCUGCCUGUCCAGCCUGCUAUUCCUACUGCUCCUCCCCGCAGCUCACGCCUCUUUUCCCCGCAGCGGCAGCAGCAGCAGCAGUGGCGGGGACACAGAUUUGUCAGAAAAGAAGAGCGACUUGCGUUUGUGUGACACUGGGACGUGUCGUUUUGGAGGAACAUGUCGCGAAAUUGGCGUCGACAUCAAGUGUGUGUGUCAGUUCCAUUGUCAUCAGAAGUACGUGCCAGUGUGUGGCUCAAACGGAGACACGUACCAGAAUGAAUGUUUCCUGAGGAGGUCGUCGUGUAAGAAGCAGAGAGCAAUCAGCCUCGUGUCGGAGGGACCCUGUUACCACGACACCGGGUCAGGAUCUGGGGACGGAGAUGACGAAGGCUCUGGUCGAGGCAAAAAGGCUUCGAAAUGUGGGAUCUGCAAAUUUGGAGCCGAAUGUGAUGAAGACUCCGAGGACACACUCUGCAUGUGUAACAUCGUGUGCAACGGUCACAACGAUAACCCAGUGUGUGGCAGCGACAGCGUCACGUACGACACGCCCUGUCAUGUCAGAGAGGCGUCCUGUCUCAAACAGCUGAAGAUCGACAUCAAACACGUGGGACGCUGCCAAGAUAAAAACAGGAAAGACGACAGCAUGAAACAUAAACCUGACAUCUACGCCGUGUCAAAGCCUGGAGAGGGAGAGGGGUUUGUAGACAUCCCAACGCCCUGCCCUGACGACUACGCACAUUUCUGUGAACAUGGCGAGUGUGAGAUGAGACACAACCUCGCCACCUGCAGGUGUGAAGCAGGCUACGGUGGCUCUCAGUGUGAUCAGCUGCUGGAUUUCAAUGUUCUCUACGUUGUCCCCAGUGGACAGAAACUGCACUACGUCCUCAUCGCCGCCAUCAUUGGAGCCGUGCAGAUCGCUGUCAUCGUGGCGGUGGUCAUGUGCUUCACCAGGAGGUGCAACAAAACAAAACGUGGACGGAGACAGAAGCAGCACCUCGGUCACUUCCCGUCAGGAACUUCCUCCAGGAUGAUGUAGCGAGCUGCUCAUCUUUUUGGUCAAAGCCAGUUUUUUCUUAAGUACACACAGGUGGACAGCAAUUUUUAAAUGAAAAAAUAUUUCCACUUUUUUGGUGCCUCUUCCUUUUUUCUCUACUUUUCGAAAGAUGUUUUUUGUACGCGGCCUUAUUUAAAACAGCGUCCUCCAUGUUGGAUUUGUGUUAUUUUCUGCAUAAGUGGGAGCGCGUGACACGUUGAUCCUCAGACUCUGAAACACUGUGGAUUCUCAAGAAUGGAAAAUUGAUUUGUCAAAUUAUUUACACUCUGUUUCUUUGGUGUUACCCUGUGGGAGGUAGAUGCUCUUUGUUUACAUGAUUUUGGAAGGAAAAAUAUAAUCUUUUUUCUUAGUUUUUACUGCAUAGGGUCACAUUAAAAAAUGAAAUUGAAUUUGGCUGAAGUAAUGUUGCGUUUCACUUGAGUACGGACCUAACUUAAUCAACCAAGCAUUUCAACAUGAACUUCCCCUUGUGAAAAUGUGUCAGUUACACUUGGUUUAAACAUUUCACCUACAGUCACUGAAAUGUAAAGACGAUGUAUAUAUUAACACUAAAGUGUACUUCAAGAGAGAAACUUCAGGAAGUUUAACAUGAACAAUAUUGUAGCAGCUACUUUUUUUUAUUCAAAAUGUAAACCAGAAACUUUCACACAUGCCACUGAUCAUAAUUACAGAUGUAGUUAAAAUCAGGGUGUGUUUGAUUUGAAUAUCCUGUGUGAAACACCGUCAUGUUUUGUGUUGCUGCACUCUUGAAAUUUUCACAUCAGAUAAGUCCGUUCAUACAAUAUCAAUUCUCAUUAAAAUGUCAAUGAGUUUACAGUUUUUGGUUAACAGUUUACUUACUUUUGUGACCACUUUGUUUUUAAGACCUUAACUCUGCAGGGGGCGUUUUAUGUGAGGACCCCCGCCCAUGUUUCAGUGCUGCAUUUUAAAGCAGUCCCUUUUUUUGUAGUCUGUUUCCUGUAAUAUUUUGCUACUUCUCACAGGGUAAAAAUGAUCAUGUGACUUUAUUUCAUUUUUGUUUUUUUGUUUUUUUAAGAUGAUAAUGAGACGCACCUGAAAACCAAAAUGCUGUUUUUUCUACUGCUCACUACUAUUGAUGAUGAUAAUGAUAAUAAUGAUAAUAACAUGUACAGGUUGGUAUAAUAAUUUUUUUUCCUGACAACUUUUCAGGAAAUAAUUCCAGUUGUUGUUUUGUUUUUUGACAAGCUGAUAAUAAUUUAAUUGUUCUAUUGUUUCUUUUUUUUUUUUAUAUCUGAUAUCUGUAACGUUGGUACAACAUGUCUGUUUUUGGUCUUUGUCAAUGUCGUGUGGUAGAAGGAGUAGACGAAUAAGCUCGACCCUGAUUCACUGACAGUGAUGUGACGUCGGUGGGAAUCUGGUCUGAAUUAAUUGUAGUGCGUCCUGCAUGAAACAGUGAAUUUGUUGUUUAGACUGUACUGUAGCUGAAUUAGAAUUAAAUUAUGAUGUUUGAACUCACUGUGUCAGUUUUGUUGCUAUUAUAUAUAUUUAAAAAAACUACUGCAACUUCAUUGCAGGAAACUCAGGUUUAAAUCU